GUUUUGUCUUCCUCUUUUAGCUUUCUUGUUCGGCUUCUCUCUCUUUCUCUCUCACCAUGAAGACCCUUUAACCGAUCUUCCUCACUAGGGAAUUUCAACGUCUCCGAAGUCAAGCAGAGAUCUCUCUAAUGGGGUGCUUUCUUGCUUGUUUUGGUACUAAAAAGGAUCGAAAACGCCGCAGGCCGGCGAAGAGAGUUCUUCCUGGAGACCAAAGACAUGGAAUUUACGAACCCUUGCAACCGACUGUCUCUUUAAUGCAGGACAUUGCAUCAAAACCCAUUAGCUCUGUUUCAGAAUUGGGAGGUAAACCCGAGGAGCAAUUGAGCUUGAGUACCAGAAAGAAAGUUACCUUUGAUUUGAACGUGAAAACCUAUGAGGAGGUUGUAACACAUGAAACUGUAAAUUAUGCAUCAGAGAGCGAUGACAAGAAAGAAAAUGGAAACAAAGAAGAAGAAGAAGAAGAAGAAGAAGAAGAAGAAGAAGGAGAAGAAACAGGGAAAUCCAAGCAAUCGUCGGUCUCAGAAGAUGAUUCAGUCACUUCCAGCUUGGGAUCUUACCCUUCAAACCACAGAUACCAGAAUUGCAGGGACAGCGACGAUGAAGCUGAUGGAAUAGAAUCUGAUGAAAGCGAUCUGGAUGACGACGACGACGACGAAGACUAUAACGAUGAUGAGGAAGACGAUGUCCGAGGAGUACCUGUAGAAGAAUCUUCCGAGUCAUUUUUCUCGUUGCCGAUGGAAUCUCGGAAUCAUACUUGCCCAACUCCACCAUUCGAGAAGGAGGUUAACAGCCCUAUGCCGACCUGUGGUUCACCUGGUCGGGAGCUCAAGACACUUCGGCCGACCCAAAACACUCGAGACAGGAGCCAGUAUGUUAAUUCCGUACUGAAUCCAGUUGAAAAUCUCACUCAGUGGAAAGCUGUUAAGGCAAGAACAGCGCCACCAUUAAAGCAGCAUCAGACGAAGGAGAAUAUUAAUUUUGAAAAAGAACCAGAAAUACCCUUCAGCUCAGAACCUACUUUCAAACCAUUGCCUCUCAAACCAAACUCAAAUUUCAAUCAUUCAAAGCCACCUAAACACGAAAUCGCAGUUGAUGCCAGCCUUUCUAACUGGUUGGGGUCAUCCGGAACCACACCCAUCACCAAAACCAGCAACGAUGUUGUCCGCUCUGAGCAAUCUGAGAAAAGCAUUUCACAACGAUCAAAUUCACCAAGAAGUUAUGAAGAUCGACCAAUUUUAGGUGCAUUAACCAUGGAGGAGCUCAAACAGUUGUCAGCAUCGUCAUCUCCAAGAAGGUCGCCAAGUCGUAGCCCAGAAGAUAUGCCCAUUUUAGGCACUGUUGGGAGUUACUGGAAUCAUACAGGCCAGGCCAUGGAUUCCAGCUCAGGCUCUUCUUGUAAAGGAAUACCAAAUACAACCAGCAAAUACAGAGAGGAUAAGAGAGUGAACUGGCACUCUACUCCAUUUGAGACAAGGUUGGAGAGAGCUUUGAACACAGGUUCAGCUGAAGCGUAUUCAAGUUAUCCUCCUAAAGUGUUCUAGACAGGAAGUAUGGGAUGGUCAUGGAGUGAGGUUUCUGUGUGUGAAGGAUAUUUCUGUGUAUGGAGAUAAUGAGGGUUGGUGGGGAGUGUGUGAAGGAUGUUGUUUAUUCAUAAAAAAAAGAAGGAUGUUGUUUGUUUUCGGUACUGCAAAGGAUUUAUGAUUUGGUUGUGUUAUUAUUUGUUAUUGGUUUUAAGAUAUAAUAGUAAUAAAAGAAGAAAUUCCUUUUGUCGUUUA